AUGAGGCAGCGGUGGAGAAAUGCCCUUAUAGUCAAGUUAUUAGGAAGGAGAAUCAGAGUGGGUUUCAUGAAGAAGAAGCUUGAAUCCCUUUGGGCCAAAGCUGACAGCAUAACAGUGGCGGAUCUAGGAAAUGAAUUCUUCUCGGUGAGGUUAAGCUCCUUGGAGGAUCUUAACCUGGCUAUCACUGGUGGCCCUUGGAUCAUUCUUGGGCACUAUCUUGCCACUAGGAAAUGGGAACCAUGCUUUGAUCCUGACAAAGCAAACAUCCACAAGGUGGCUGCAUGGGUUCGUCUCCCUGGAGUGCCUCAAGAGUACUGUGAGUUCCCUUUUCUUAAUCAAUUGGGUGAUGUAAUAGGGAAAGUACUGAAAGUGGAUAGAACUACAUCAAUAGGGGACAGGGAAAGGUUUGCUAGGGUGUGCAUUCAAGUGGAUUUGUCUAAGCCACUGAGAGGAGAAUACAUCCUUGAUGGAUGCAGGAAAAUAGUGGAGUACGAAGGUUUAUUUUUAAUAUGUCUUAAGUGUGGGAAAUAUGGGCAUAAUGCUGAGUCUUGCCCAGAUUAUGUUAAGCUGUGCCAUGCUACCAAAGAGGAGGGGGUACCUGAUCCACCUAUGAAGGACCAAUGCGCUCAAGGUAUAGGUCCUUGGAUGGUGGUCCAGAGAAGAAAAAGAAACCAGCAAGUUUACCAGAAAAAGGAGGCUGCCAGUGUUCGAAAAUUUGGGGAAGAUAUUUCCAACUUGAAGGAAACAGAGGAGAAUGGUAGGUCUUCUAAGACUACCCAAGAAGUUAAACAAGUGACUGUCAUAUCAAGUCAACAAGCCAAAGACUCUAUUAGGCAUGAUAACUGGUCUAAGGAGAAUGAAGGAUCAGAGAAGAGGGACAAGUCUAGUGCUAGUGGGAUGAAUUUUUCAGCUGCUGCAUCAAGUCAGCCUAGGAAAAAUACAGGAGGAAAAACUCCUGUGUCUUGA